UUUCGAUACUCAGCUGAGCUAUUUUUCACUCUCUGCAGAUAAAACCCCGUGGCUUUCGGUUCCAGAAGCUUUCAUUCCUCGAAUCAGGUUGCAGAAAUGGCCUCGGCGAAGGCUUUAAAAGAUGUCUCUUCCAAUUGGAGUGGCUACAUUGGAGUCUUUUCCAUGGUUAAGACCUCCCCGCAAGAAAUAUGGCCAAGCAUCAUCCUGACUUGAUCAUGUGCAGGAAGCAGCCAGGAAUAGCUAUUGGGCGACUUUGUGAGAAAUGUGAUGGAAAGUGUGUGAUUUGUGAUUCCUAUGUGCGUCCUUGCACACUUGUCCGAGUUUGUGAUGAAUGCAACUAUGGAUCAUUUCAAGGUCGUUGCGUCAUCUGCGGAGGUGUGGGCAUUUCCGAUGCAUAUUAUUGCAAAGAAUGUACUCAGCAGGAGAAAGAUAGGGAUGGUUGUCCAAAGAUUGUCAAUCUGGGUAGUGCUAAAACAGAUCUGUUUUAUGAACGCAAAAAAUAUGGUUUCAAGAAGAGAUGAGGGUAUGGAUUCUUGUUUUUUCGUAUCGGUGUUGUUCACUACAAUGAGUUUCUUACUAGUAUGAAGGUAUCAAAAGUAGGCAUUCCAGUAUAGGCCAUGUAACUUUUUCCUAUAUUUCCUUGGAUCUUAGCGAUAUUACAUACUGGUAUCACAAGUUUAACCUAUUGUAACUUUGUAUCGUUUUAUGGAUAUCCAACAAAAUGCUUCUCUCUA